AUUUCAAUUCCAACACCAAAACACACACACACACACACACCAAACACACCCCUCUCUCGACUUGACUAACUAACUCUAUCAGCUGUUAUGCUUCAUCUCUCUUAAACUUAAACUCCUCUCUUGCCUUGCCUUGCCAUGGCGGAGGUCGAGCUCGAGGCGGUGCUGCGAUUCCUGAGGGAGAACGGAUUGUCGGAAUCGGCGUCGGCGCUGAUGGAGGAUGUGACGGAGAAAUCGCGAGCCGGCGCUUCCGAAUUGGAGAAGUUCGUGUUCCCGAUGGCGCCUCCGCCUCCGAUGCUGAGAAUUCGGCGGCCGGAGGAGAGCUCCGGCGGAUCCUCCGAUGAUGAGUUCGUCAGCCUCGGUUCUUCUACUACUGAAUUGUGCUCCUCUGAGUUUACAAACCCGUACGGGGUCCGUACGAGUCGUGCAGCUUCGCAGACCUCAUCUGAUGGAUUGACUCAGUUUGGGACAGCUCGAGAUUACCCUGAUUUCGAUAUGCAAAAUGACCUCUUCUGGUACAAGGAGAAGGACGAGGACUUCGCUAUGCCGACCCCCCACGCUGGUGCGGAUUUUUGUGGUGAUUUAACCGAGGAUAAGUUUGUAACAGCCGUGCAGACAGGAGAGCAUGCAGAGGAUCAAGCCGCGUAUAAUUUUAUAUCCGUUGAGAGCAUCGGUAAUGUGGCAAGCCGAUGCACAAAGGACAGUUUGAAGGAUGAGACUUACAAAGAUUAUUAUGAGUUGGGUGAUCACGUUCGACUGGAACAAGGUGAUAUCGCCACUGGUUAUAUAGUGUUUCACCGCUCUCUUGCUUGCACUGACAGAAGGGUUUGUGCAGGAAUUCGAGAACAGACGGAUCCACACGACAAUCAAUUGAUGAUGAACUGGACUAACUCUAACUUCUCCGUCAAACAGAAUUCCACUUAUGAUUGGGUGGACAGUUUUGAUAACGACCACGACCUCAACCUCCAUACUGUUCAGAAAAAUAAUCAGCCAAAUGACAACGACUUUGACUUUACGUAUGACAGAGUUAUAACCGGAGAACUUCACGAGCCCCAAGUCCCCGUAAAUGAAGAGAACAAUACAGUUGCUGAUGACGAGCUCCACUUAUGCGAGACAAAGGACGAAGAAUUUGAGACAUUUAAUCUAAGAAUUAUACACCGGAAAAACAGGACCGGGUUUGAAGAGAACAAGGAGUUCCCGAUUGUGAUAAAUAGCAUAAUAGCAAGUAGAUACUAUGUAGCAGAAUUCCUUGGAUCUGCUGCGUUCAGCAAAGUAGUCCAGGCACAUGAUCUAUACUCGGGGAUGGAUGUUUGCUUGAAAAUCAUUAAAAACGACAAGGACUUCUUCGACCAGAGCUUAGACGAGAUCAAACUUCUGAAGUUUGUAAAUAAGCACGACCCGGCUGAUGAAUGGCACAUUUUACGCCUUUAUGAUUACUUCUACCACCAGGAGCAUCUAUUUAUUGUUACGGAACUUCUCAAAGCAAACUUAUAUGAAUUUCAGAAAUACAACCUUGAAUUUAGUGGAGACGCCUAUUUUACAUUGAGUAGACUGCAGAUCAUAACUCAACAGUGUCUAGAGGCUCUGUCGUAUCUGCAUGACUUGGGAAUCAUCCACUGUGAUCUCAAGCCCGAAAACAUCCUGAUAAAGAGUUACCGAAGAUGUGAGAUAAAAGUAAUCGAUCUUGGCAGCAGUUGCUUUCAGAGCGACAACCUAUCCCUGUACGUUCAAUCUCGCUCCUAUAGGGCUCCCGAGGUUAUGUUAGGCCUUCCCUACGACCAAAAGAUUGAUCUAUGGUCUGUUGGCUGCAUUUUGGCCGAGCUGCAUUCCGGAGAGGUCCUAUUUCCAAACGAAGGAGUUGUUACGCUUCUUGCGCGCAUAAUAGGAAUCCUUGGUCCUAUCGACGUGGAAAUGCUGCAGAACGGCCAGGAGACCAAUAAGUAUUUCACAGAUGAUCACGAACUUUAUUCUUUGAACGAGGAGACCAAUGAGCUCGAACUUAUUGUCCCCGAGGAGUCCUCGUUGGAGCAUCACCUGCAGAUUUCCGAUUCCAUUUUUGCAGACUUCUUGAAAUACUUGCUUGAGAUCAACCCGGUGAGACGGCCUACGGCAAGAGAGGCACUACAGCACCCUUGGCUUUCCAUUUCAUACACUUGAGGGUUUUCUGAAGGUAUUGCAACAACAAUUGUUUUUUUUUAUCAACUGAAGAGUGUAUAUUCUUGAUACUGAUUUCGUUUGGGUGCAUAGAGAAAUUCUAAAUGACGUAAAUAGAUGGUUUAAAAUAUCUUCAGAGCCCAAAAAAUUUUAGGCUUUUAGAGUUAUUUUCCCUUUUACAUUUGAUAUGGAAGUACAGAAUACAGAUUAAUAUGAAGCUAUAAUCAGAAUCACAAGAUCUGUGUGUUGUAAAGUUGCUUAUAUAAUCUUCAAAAUAUUUGAAAGUUUGUUCAUUUACCUUUUGAUUUGUGGAACCUCAUUUCGUAUAAGAGGGCAUUAAGUCCAGAAUAUGAAGUUGUAUGAAGCAGUGUGAAAUGUGAACAAUUGAAGUAUUAGAAAAGGGAAAACAUUAUUUUUAUUA